UUAAGUCAAAUUAAUAUUGAUGAGAAUAAUGAGAUUGAAGAGUCUUUAGGAGAGUUUUUUUCUCAACAAAUAUCUGUUGCUUCAAUUACUUGUGAUAGAAUAUCUAAAAAGGGUUCUAGAACACUGUCAAUACCCAAUACUGCUUUUGAACAGAUAUCAAAUUUAUGUAUAGGAAUACAGUUUGAAUACUAG